GCGGCGCAGUGUGCUGAGCACCGAUGGUUCCUUCUCUGGUCCCCUGUGGACCAAAAGUGUGACAUUCCAUCCUUAGACACGUGCACUGUUGCAACCAUUCACUGGCCUCAGUGGUCAUGUGUACGCAGGCGGUACAUCACUGCUGUGCAACGUUUGAACGGAGUGGCGGUGGCUAGGCAUCACAUCAUGCCAAAUUGUAUUGUGCGUGGUUGCAUUCCUACAAGGAAGAAGCGUGAUCCUUCUGUAAUUCUUCAUGGUUUUCCUAGAGAACCUGAGAAAAUUAAGCUUUGGCUGCAACAGACAGGACAAUAUGAUGCCGACCUUGAUAAUAUGGUAGUUAAAGUGUAUCUAGGAAAAGUAAAUGACUCCUAUAGAAUGUGUUCCUUACAUUUCACAAAUGAUAGUUACCACUACGAUGGAUAUCGGAGGAUUUUAAAAAAGAAUGCAGUUCCAACAAUUUUUAAUACAAUAACACAAUCUUCAAUAUCUUUAGUAACUGAAAAUAUUUCAUCAUUGCCAGGACUACCAAACUCUUCUAGUGAGCACCAAACCGCUUCUGCUCCACCUGCUAAUAACCGCGAACCAUCCUGCUUUGGAAGAUUACGUAAAUCUCGGGCUAAGCUUGCGGCUAUUCAUCCAAAAACAACCUCACAACCCACUAUUCAGCAAAUGACUUUAGUUCCUGUCGUUCCUCAACAUGUUUUUUUCCAAGCCUGCGAAAUUAGUCAGGAGCCUAAUCAAGUGGUUGGUGACAGAUCAGUAACUAUUCAGCCGGCUUCAAAUACUGUUUGUGAGGCCACACAAAUUUCUGCCUUGUCGGGUGUUAGUCAGCAGUCAUCUGUAUCAAGACCUUCUUCCUUGUCUGUUUUGGAAGUACCAGUGUCGUCAUCAGUAUGCAUUCAGCAGAGUACAUCUGCAAUAUCAGAAUUUAGGGCAUCAUCACACAGUGGUCAACUGGAAAAGUUAACACCUGCUAACUUGCAGCAAACCACUUUAUUUCCUACCACAUUUGUGCAAGAACCAUCUUCCAUUCUCACAAAUUCGAACUUGCCUUUGAAUACCCAGCUGAAGCCAGAAGCUACAGAUUCAAGCACCAAAACACCAUCUUCCACUACAUCUUUCUGUCCAAUAAUAUCCUUACCCACAUCAUCAACUCCAGUAAUCUCUACUUCUGGAUCUGACAAGUCUCCCUACAAAACGAUGUCAGCUCCAUCAAUCCCCAUUCCUUUAACUGUUCUUAGUGAAACAAAGCCACGCCCCAUUGCCAUUCUUCCCGCCUCUGGAACGGUGUCCUCUGUGACACAGACACCAAAAACAUCGGGUUUGGCACAGAAACCAUCCUCUAUAUCUGUUGUCCAAAUUCCACUUAAAUCACCUACUUCACAACCCAUAAAACCUGGUUGUCAACCACCAUCAAAGAAAAGAAAACUUGAGGAAAAUACUGUUUUAUUGGAAAAACGCGGCGCAUCCUCUUCUGUGCCAAGUACAUUGCCCAGUCAUUGUAUGAGCCAAACCUCUAUUAAUACAGGUAAUAUUUAUUUUGUAUCAAGCAGCACCCCAUUGGUUCAGCCAUCUUAUCUGAUUCAGAAGCCUUUAAUGAUUGACAAAGGUGUCAACACUGAUUCUUUCACAAACAGAAAAAGUUGCUGCGUUGCCACUGAUCCAAUGCAUGGGAAAAGAAAUGCUCGCACGCAAACUAAAAUAUAUAAAAAAGAUCGUAAAAUUAUGUGCACCUUAUUAGUUUCAGGCGGACAAACAAAUCACUUCAAUGAAUCAAGUAUGUCUCGUGGCAGCACAGAUGACAUAGGAUUUAGUGACUGCAGUCCUUCCAGGUCAAGUGACAGUGGUGAUGAGCCGUCUGACGUUUUGGAAACCGUUAAUUUAGAUCUAGUUAAAGUUGAAAUCUUUUCAAAUCGUGAAGUGGAUGUAUGUAAACGUACUACUUUAGAUCAUAAACAAGCAAUCCGAUUUAAAGAUGAAAAUGAUUCAUCUGCAGGGCAAGCAGUUCUAUUCCCAACACCUUUUAAAAGUGCACUUACAUUACCAGAUUUUGAUAUCAAUACAAUGAAAAUAGAACCCAAUAUAAAAACAGAAGAGGAUCAAUUUCCAGUUUCCGGUUCCAUACAAAAUAUCACAAAUUUCGUAUCCUAUAAACCCAAAAUUGAAAGGACUUCACCCAAUCCAAGUGAGCCAUUAGAUCGAAUUUCAUGGGAAACAUCUGCCAUACAGACUGAUGAUGAACUAGAAGACCUUAAUGACUCCUCGUUCUAUAUCAAUGAAAUGAGUGAGGAUGAAGAUGAAUCAUUCUUACUUCCAAGUGAUGCAGAAGAUGAAGACGACAUAAAACCUGUGUUCCAGGACUUAGAUUCACCAGUGGAGAAUCCUGUUGAAGAAGAAAAGUAUAUUGUUUUUGAAUCCUGUCUCAAAAAGCUGAUAAUGAUGAUCCCGUGUAUGUCAGAAACAAAGUGUAUGUCACCACUUACACAAUACAGAAAAGCAACCAUUGGAUCUUAUUUGUCUAUAGAAGUUCGUUGCAGAUCUGGUCAUACAAGGUUACUAUGGGAAAGCCAGCCAAGACAUGGAUAUCAACCAAUGGGAAAUGUUCUGUUAUCUGCCGCAGUGCUAUUUAGCGGUUCAAGUUUUCUAAAAUCCCAACAUAUGUUUAAGUUGCUGAAUUUAAAAUCAAUAGACAAAAGUACCUAUUAUAAAACCCAGUCUAUGUACCUAUUUCCUACCAUUAAUCAUCACUGGAAGGAGGAACAAAAAGCAGUCAUACAAAGUGUCCAGGAAAGACCACUUUGCUUGGCAGGAGAUCAACAAUUGGACAAUCCUGGAUUUUCUGCCAAGUACUCUACAUACUCCUUGAUAGAUGUGGCCAGCAAGAAAAUUUGUUCAUUUUCAGUACAGCCGGUUAUUCCACAAGUGACAUUGGAGGGGCUUGAAAAAAUUGGAUUUCAGAAGUCUAUGGGUGAGCUCCAAACUAUGAAUGCUGAAGUGAAAAUGAUUGUUACUGACAGAAGUGUUGCUAUUCAGGAAAUUCUGAAGGACCAUUAUCCUGGUAUCAUUCAUCAGUUAGAUCUAUGGCAUCUAUCCAAAUCAAUUGGUCAUGAAGUUUUAAUGGCAGCCAAACGUGAAGACUGUGAAAUCUUAUAUCAAUGGGUGGAGGCAAUCAGGAACCAUAUUUGGUGGAGUUUUUGCACUUGUUGUAAAAAUCCAGAUUUAUUUAUUGAAAAAUGGAAAUCGGUUCUUCAGCAUGUCACCAAUGUUCAUGAGUGGGGUGGUGAUAGUGACUGUAAAGCGUGCCAUCAUCCACCUCUCCCAGAAGAAGUGGUGAACAAUACAAACUGGUUGAAAAAAGAUUCAACAGCCCAUGAACAACUCAAAAAAAUAGUAGAAAAUGUCAGUCUAUUAAAGGACUUAAAACGUCUCUCAUUCUUCUGUCACACUGGAGAGUUAGAGAUUUACCAUAUCACUUGCCUUAAAUAUCGUCCAAAGAUGUUACAUUUCUUCCUGGACUCUAUGGUAGCACGAACACAACUCGCAGCCCUUGACCACAACAGAAAUGUCUGUAUGUUAAAAGAACUGGUGAAAAAUACUUCAAGAGGAAAUGCAUUAAGUGCUAAAACACAAGGAUUAGAAGUCUUCAAAGGUCAAAAGUCAUGGAUUAUAAAGGCUUUGUAUAAACCAACCUGCCAACGUUUUCUUGUUGACAUUAUGAAAGAUGUUAUAGCUCUUGUCAGAGAGGAGAAAAUAUUUCAGUGACCCUCCACUUGUGGAACUACUUACAGAGAGUCUCUCAUCUCCCUCAAGCAUUAUUAUUUUCAGUACUUCAUUAGUAGUACUGUUGACAUUGACUCCAGAUUGCUACUUUAUAUGUGUAUACUGCCCCUUUCCGCUGCUGUAAAUCUCCACUGACAUUGAUGGGUAUCAUGAGCUUGUGCUCAGGAGGACCUCUCCAUUUUGUGCAUGUAGCUUUCGAGUCCUGUCAAAUGUAUUGCAGAU